UGUCGAAUUGUUUAUAGCUUUGUUUGGAGUAUUUUUCAUUUUCACAGAAUUGAUUGACGUUUUUACGGGAAUUACAGGUGCUAUUGAACAAAAAAAGUAAUAAUAAUGGACAUAAUCAAGGCCGAAAUAGCACGAAAACGUAAACUUCUUGAAGAGAAACAACUGGUCGAUGAUAAAAAGAAGUUUUUCAAGCGUGGAGAUUUGAUAGCCAAAAACAAUGAAGAAAUCUUGCAGAAACAAGGCUACAAGAAACCAGAAAGCAGUGAGGCAGAUCAAAGCAUACACGAAGGAUAUAAUUUCACCGGCGAGGGACAGAACAUAUUGCCAAGGAAUGAAGUAAUACGACGCCUAAGGGAAAGAGGUGAACCAAUUUUGUUGUUCGGCGAAACAGAAUCCAUGGCAUUUUCACGUUUGAGACAAUGUGAAAUUUCACAACCCGAAGCAAAUCGAGGUUUCCGUAACGAUUUCCAAGAAGCUAUGGAACAAGUGGAUCAAGCAUACUUGCAAGAAAUGUUUGCCAAUACAUCGACGACAAAAGAAGAAAAGAAAAAUGAAUUUGCCGAAUUGGAUGAGACAGUGGAUUGGGAGAGCAUUAAGGAGAUGUCACAAAAGAUGGGACGUAAUAAUAAAGAAUAUGAUAUGGACGUCAUUAUGACAUUGCUUACAUAUUUACUCAAAUUGUGGAAUGAUCAAAUUGCAGGAUACUCGAAGCAGGAAAAAAUGUCCACAAAGGUCAAAAUGACAAGAGUUAUCUACACACAAACCAAGGAGUAUGUUAAACCAUUAUUCAGAAAACUGAAAAAUCGUUCGCUGUCCGAUGAUAUUUUGGAAAGUUUAACAGAUAUUUGUAAGCAUUUACUCAAUCGCAACUAUAUACAGGCCAGUGAUGCCUACUUAGAGAUGGCCAUAGGUAAUGCUCCUUGGCCCAUUGGUGUCACUAUGGUUGGUAUUCACGCACGUACAGGUCGUGAAAAGAUUUUCUCUAAAAAUGUGGCCCAUGUAAUGAAUGACGAAACACAACGCAAAUAUAUCCAAGGUCUCAAAAGACUAAUGACCAAAUGUCAAGAAUACUUCCCAACAGAUCCCUCAAAAUGUGUCGAGUAUGUAAGCAAAAAAGAUAGAGAAUAAAGAAACAAGUACAUAUUUAGUCAAA